AUGCCUGCUUACGCCACCAACAUGAGGCUGAAGUUUCCCAUCCUGGCUCUGACUCUGGAGAUUAUCACCAUCAUCCUGUUUGCUGUGUUUGUGGUCUACGAUGAUGGGAAACACGGGGGGCACGGAGCCCACAACAACGCCACACACCAUGAGGAGAAGACGGCACAGAAUCCUCUGACCCUCUACCCCAGUAAGUGACACCUGAAGGCUUCUCAGCGUUAGCCUGUUCCCAGAUCAGUUUGUGCUGUCUUGGCAUGACAAUGACCAUAGCAGUUGGCAAGGCAGAAACAGAUCUGGGAGAAGGCCACCUCAGUGUGGUGCCACACAUUGGAUGUGUGGGCUGUCAGUGUGUCAGUCUGGUUGUGGGAGCUCGGUUGAAGAAUCAUGGAUCUGUUUGUAUUUGGCUUAUUGAUGGCAACCAUAGUUGCUAUGGAUGACAGGCUAUGAAGUUAAUAAUGCAGUUGAGUCUCAAUGAUUUGACCCCUCUUCUCUUUAUAAUUGUGCAGUAGCUCCUGUGAUCAAUCAGAGGGAGAUGUUGUGGGUUAGCAUAGUGUGAGCCUGUUGUGCACAGGGUUGGGGAGUAACUGAUUACAUGUAAUCUGAUUACAAAAAAACGGUAAUCAGUUACGUUAACAGCAAAAAUAUUGUAAUGAGAUUACAGAUACCUUCGAAAAACUAGAUGAUUACUUUUUGGAUCACUUAAAUUCAGAAAGGAUGUUUGGGGAAAAAAAUACAUUAUGACACCUUUCUGUUUUCUCAAUGACAUUCAAUUCAGAAUUGAAAAAAGGCACAAAUGUAAGUUUGUUCCACCUGAGCGAGUCUGACCACAAGUCAGAGACCACUAUGAUGACACACCAAAUGUGUUUGAUGGAUCCUUUUGGUCUUCUUCUAAUGCCUCUUAAGGGGAAAGUAAUCCGAAAAUUAUCAGAUUACGUUACUGAGUUUGGGUAUUCCAAAAGUUACAUUACUGAUUACAAUUUUGGACAGGUAACUAGUAACUGUAAUGGACUACAUUUAGAAAGUAACCUACCCAACCCUGGUUGUGCACGUGUCCAUUGCAGCACACUCACACCUAAAAUGACUCUGUAUGGAACAGGCCAGAUGCUCCAGCUGUCAUAGGGGCACCCCUCGGUCAAGAGCGUUGGGCCAGUAACCGAAAGGUCACUGGUUCAAUUCCCCGAGCUGACUAGAUGAAGAAAUUGAGCAAGGCACAUAAUCCUAAUUACUCCUGUAAGUCGAUCUGGAUAAGAGUGUCUGCUAAAUGACUAAGAUUAAUGCCUGGACUGAAUGGCAUCCACAUAUUUACAAUGAAACUUGCAUGUGCACUGAAGGGAAAUUCUUAGUUAUGGGUAAAAGUGUUUGCACAUGUGUACAUUAAUUUGUGUUUGGAGACUAUUGUAAUUCUUGUGACUUAUCAGUUGAAAAGUGACAAAGCCCCACUCCUACUACUUUACCUAUAUGACACUGGCAUUAAAAAUAAUUUAGAAGUGAGUCUGGUGUUCGUUGCUUGGUUCUUGGAAUCCUAAAACUUUUAUUUUUUGUCUAACUUUAUACAGCAUAAAUACUUGAAGACUUACAGUAUGGAGGUUGCCCAUAAAUGUGCAGGGCAGGUGUCACCCAAAGAGAUUAGUGCAGUGCUUAGCAUUUGGGUUGACCAUUUUACAAAAUUCUAAGAAAUGUUAAAGGGGAAGUUCACCAAUUUUUACAUGUAGACUUAGUUUCACUCUUUUUGUGAUUGUAGUUGAUCCCCCAAACUAUUUGCAUUAUGAAAAUGUGUCUAAAGCAUGUUCGAAAACACUCCAAACCAACUCAUAUUACACCAGAAUCCCAUUCUGAAUGAUCUCUGCAUUCAAUUUUAGAAAACGAAUUCCACUGUCCCAUGAAUCCAUAUUUGCAUAUUUUUGUUGUAAACACAAUCAUUCAAACAUGGAUUUAUGGCACAGUGGAAAUUUUUUUCAAAACUGUUGUACAGAGACAUUCAGAAUGGGAUUCCGAUGUAAUAUGAGUUGGUGUGGAGUACUUUAGAGUGUUUUCUAACAUAUUUGCAUAUUGCAUUAUUGUCAAUGAUGACUCAGCAAAAUGUGACAACCAAUUUUCUCUGUAACAAAACAAAACAUAAAAAAACGGUUUGGGGGAUCAACUACAAGCACAGAAAGAGUGAAAAUUAUGCCACGUGUAAAAAUGGGUGAACUUCCCAUCUUUGUUUAGGUUAAGUCAUAUCCAAAGACAUCCAAAUAGUUUUUAUAACUAUUGGUUGUUUUAACUGAUCAGAGAAACAAUAUAGGGUGAAUUCGAAAUAAGUGGUACACUUUUUUCCGUCUUCUGUAACCUCUUUUGUCAUCUAUCCAACAAAUAAGCCAACACAUGAUUCAUUUCUGAAAACUUCAAGAUGUUUCCUAAUUAUAUUCACAGGAGGCAUGACACACCCAUUUGUGUACACUGAGUCAAAACCAUAUUUUCAGUUCGCAUUUGGUUAACUGGGACAGCAUGUUAAAUAAACUGGGACACCAUUAUUAUAGUCCUAAUUGUACCCAUAUGACAAUUCUAUUCAAUUUUGUGUGAUAGGAAACAUCUGAGGAGUUCAGAAAUGUAUCAUGUGCUUACGCUGCUGCUACUCAUUGUGUAUUAUCUAUGCAUAGUCCCUUUACCUCUACCUACAUGCACAUAUUACCUCAAUUACCUCGACUAACCUGUACCCCUGCACAUUGACUCGGUACUCCUGUAUAUAGCCUCGUUAUUGUUUGACUUUUAUUUAUUUGUAUUGUAUUUGUAUUUUUAUUUAUUUUUUAGCAAAUAUUCUGUUACUUACUUAAAAGGUACAGUAAGUAAGCAUUUCAUGGUAAGGUCUACACCUGUUGUAUUCGGCGCAUGUGACAAAUAACAUUUGAUUUGAUUUGUUGGGCUAAUAUGUUGGAUAGAUGUUUGAAGAGGUUACAGAAGACGGAAAUGUAAAAAGUGCCCCACUUUUUCUGAAUUCACUCAAAUAACAGUACUAAUAACAGUACUAAUAACAGUACUGAUAACAGUACUAAUAACAGUACUAAUUACAGCACUACAAGAAAAAAUGAACAGGAUAUAGUACUACAAGAAGCAGAGCCCUGCCUAACUUCAAUACAGGGGGUCCCUAAUGUAAACUGGAUCUCUUUCCUCCAUUGGAAAAGCCUAUAAGACUGUCCCACUUUAGUUACUCCAUGCUGUCCUACUUUAGUUACUCCAUGCUGUCCCACUUUAGUUACUCCAUGCUGUCCUACUUUAGUUACUCCAUGCUGUCCUACUUUAGUUACUCCAUGCUGUCCCACUUUAGUUACUCCAUGCUGUCCUACUUUAGUUACUCCAUGCUGUCCCACUUUAGUUACUCCAUGCUGUCCUACUUUAGUUACUCCAUGCUGUCCUACUUUAGUUACUCCAUGCUGUCCUACUUUAGUUACUCCAUGCUGUCCUACUUUAGUUACUCCAUGCUGUCCUACUUUAGUUACUCCAUGCUGUCCUACUUUAGUUACUCCAUGCUGUCCUACUUUAGUUACUCCAUGCUGUCCUACUUUAGUUACUCCAUGCUGUCCUACUUUAGUUACUCCAUGCUGUCCUACUUUAGCUACUCCAUGCUGUCCUACUUUAGCUACUCCAUGCUGUCCUACUUUAGCUACUCCAUGCUGUCCUACUUUAGUUACUCCAUGCUGUCUUACUUUAGUUACUCCAUGCUGUCCUACUUUAGUUACUCCAUGCUGUCCUACUUUAGCUACCUAUGGUUGGUGAAGCAGGACAACAACAAAAAAUGACUGAAUUACAAAAUAGAAACAUAAUAUUUGAAACGUUUUUUGAUGUAUUUUGAUGCACCAGUACAUAGUAUGCACAUUUACAUCACAAUUUGGCACAGUGCAAGUUUUAUAAACAAAACAGAAAAUAAGCUAUGUCACUGAUCUUACCGCGGGGUGAGCUUCCUGUUUGAAGCUUGCUCUGCCCCCCUCUAUGAUGUCACACCAAUCAAGUGAAGUGAUUUUGAUCAUGUGGUUUCUCAGCAAGGGCUUAGUAACAAUUGCUUAGAUUUUCUCUUGUCAGAUGAAGAAAUAAACGCAUCAGGAUUUAAGCUGUCCCAGUUUAUAUGAUGUCCCACUGUAUCCGAAUUCACCCUACAUAAACCAAAAUACGUAAAAAAAUGUAUUCAAGAUAUUAAAUAGUAAUUGUUUAAUGGAAUAUACAGUUAGAAAUGCGUAUAAAAGAUGGCAAUAACUUUCUUUCUCUUCUCUAUGAGAAAAUGUCAGGGGUCUGAUGUUGCGUGCAAUGUGGGGUCGUCCAUAUUGUGCAUACCAAAGCUCCACAAUUACAGGUUCAAAGCAGAGGAAAUAAGCAGAGAAAUGCAAUUUAGAAAAAAUAAGGAACCUAUGUUGUUGCUGGGCUUUAUCAUCAAGGGACAAAAUCAGUGUUGAAAAAAUGUAAUUGAGACGAACCAAUGGGUUCUGUGGCUCUGUGAAAUACUUGUUUUCCUCAGUGAAGUGGGACCUUAAGAUUUUAUCGAACACCGAGUUGUUUCACAGCCAUAAAGCCCUAUCAUCAAAGUCAGGCGGAAUUCAGACAAAAUUAUAUUUUGUAAUUACAGUUCACAACAACACAAAAAGUGACUUGUAGUGAGAUUCAGUUGGACGCUAAAUUAAAGUCAAGAACCUCAAAAGGCACUGGUGCCUUGGAGGUUUGCCCAUAUCUGCAUGAGCCAUACUGGCACGGGCGCCUGCCCUAGUGAAUGCAGUGGCGUUGGCACUGGGUCAUCAUGCCUGGGUGGCAGAAUGAGCACACUAGGGAUUCCUUCUCAUCCAAAACCAUGGGGGAUUACUGAAAUGCUAACGGAAGGUUGAGGAACUACAAUUUAAUUCCCUUCAAUGAUGUUUGAUGCUGAUGCAUUUCAGACCAAGCUUCUUCGUCAGAGUAUGGUGCACUGACCUCCAAACAUUUCAGCAUUCAACAUUAUUGAAAAUAAUGAAGUUGCUGGCCUGAAACCCUUCUCCUUUCAGACUGACACCCCUUCAGACUAGCAAUCCAGAAAAUACUUGAUAUCCUGGUUAGAGUGCUAGCACAAUACAACUACCACAUGGAGGAUGACCUAACGUGUUGGGCAAAGAGGCCAUCUAAGAGGCUGACUUCCAAACGGACCUCUCUACCUCCCGCCACAUCCUUUUCUUAGAGCCGCCAACUGGUAUGAUGUCACUAAGGGAUCAAUUAUUCAGGUGAUAUAGGACCAUCCAAGGGGUUCCUCAAUGGGUCACUGCAUAGUGCAUAGCUCUAAACUUUCCAAGCCAAAGAAAUAAAACAUUAGAGAUUUUAGAUGACAGUGCUGGUUAAGACGACAAUGUGCAGUGGUGGGCCGAAAAAGAAAGAUAUGCAAUAUGGACAAGACAAAAGCUGAGACUUCUGCGGCUCUAUAGGCGCUUACAACGCCAGGAAGUUAUCAGGUUAGGCAGUUCUCAGUAACUUUACACGAUACAUCGUGUAUUCUAGUUUGUAUUAGCAUACAGUCCAUUCCCUUGCAUUCACCCAGAGAUAAUGUUUAACAACAAAAAUGCAGAUUUGUUCCAUUACAAAAGUCAAGUCAACACACGGCUAUUUGUAUAUCUUACCUUGUAUAUAUCUUACAAGGCUAUUUGUAUAUCUUACAUAUCUGACAUUGUUCAGACUUCGAUUUCAGGGAAAAGAUUGAAUAGAUUUGAGUUAUUUGUACCUUGUAUAUAUUUUACAGGGCAAUUUGUAUAUUAGCCUACAUAUCUGACAUUGUUCAGACUUCGAUAUCAGGGAAAAGAUUGAAUAGAUUUGAGUUAUUUGUUUGUUACCGGAUGGGCGCGGGUGUUCUGACCAGUGCCAGAGGGGUUAUAAUGUAUCCUAUGACGUCUCGGAGGCAUUGCGUAAGUAAUACUAAACCUGAUUAGAAUCAGGUUGUAGUUUGCUGAAUAUCAUCCAUAGCAAUACAAUGCACUACUGUGAAGAAAGAGCCAGUCACAUGUAAACACAAUAAUGAGAGAGAGGAAUUCACAAACUUCUAAUCGGAGACAAUAUCUGUUUAGAAGAGCUAACCUUCCUGUUUACUCUGUCUCUAUCACGUGUGGCAGAAAUGGGGAGCCUCCAAACAAACUCUACUCUAAAAUUAAUUGCCAGUUACAACAAUCCCUCUACAACUGUACAACGCAGCAUCAGUUAUACUUAUAGUACGGUCUAGAAUGGCACAGAUACACAUAGAGAUAGAGAUGUAUAUAAACUCUAGAAUGGCAUGCUGGUAGACAGAGUCAUAUAGUACAUGGUAGUCAUACAUAGUCACAGACAAAAAAAAGACAAUUGACCUAUGGGCUAGUCUAUGCUGCAACUAAGCCCCCAAACCCCCCACCCCCCACCCCCCACCCCCCACCCUAUAUUCCAUCAUUUUCCCAGUCAGGACUUUCUUAGUAGUGACUGUCUGCCUAGGUCCUUCCCUGACACCACAAUGCUAACUGCUCACCACAAUGCUAACUGCUCCCCACAAUGCUAACUGCUCACCACAAUACUAACUGCUCACCACAGUGCUAACUGCUCACCACAGUGCUAACUGCUCACCACAAUGCUAACUGCUCACCACAAUGCUAACCAGACCUGGAGAAACGAGGCCUAUUGUUUUCCCUUUCUGCCACACCUUCAUGUACUUUCCAGAUGAGAACCAGUCAUCCAUCGCACACGGCUUUUGGGAAUAGGAAGUUGUCAGGCAUUUCAGGGAAGGGAACCUUUUGUGAGCGUCGCGCGAGAGUGGAGCUUGGAAAAUUAGGAUCGUUCCUCCGGCGGCGGUGGAAAUACUGUUCUAAGCUAGACACACAGGCAUGCACAAACACACACCAGAUGCACACAUACAUACACAUCUGGUCAGUCUCCUGGGCUAGUAGCCUGAUCCUUAUCUGCAGACGAUCGGACAGAGCUCACAUCCUGCUGUCCACAAACACAGUGAACUAGAACCAUCAUACACCCUGUAAGUAAAGUCUCUGUCCUCUUACGUACAUCAAUCUAAAUAUACAGUACAUAAAGUGCGAGGACAGUGAUCCAUACACAAGACCCCUGUCCUUAUAAUUCCAGUAACUGAAACUAAUAGUGAGGAAUGUGUUUAACUGUGGAGUGUCUGCUUCCCUGAGACCCUCUAAUAAGUUCAGAAGACUUGAUUAAGAUCAUGUGAAGUCAGUGAAUGGAACAGCGUGAGGCUACUGACACGACACGUCAAACUGGGUUAGCCUCAGUUCUCAGUAUCCCAUUCACAGACUAAUUGAAUUGGUCUUCCAUCUUCCGACAAGUCAGGAUUUACAUUGACCCCCUCGUGUGGACAGGGUUUACUACGGUUGCAGCACAGUCCAAUGCGGCAGCUCCGUGAAUCAUUUGAGCAUCAAAAGGCAAGGCCCUAGGUAUUUGAUCAAUUGCUGGUCUGUUAAUUGAUUUGAAUGUCUUUGCAGUUGUGUUCGUGUCUCUUAUUUGUUGUUGUCUUGUUGACACCCUUUAUCAGUUUCAUUCAGUUGUCAUCCUCUCUGUUUUUAUUCAAUGUGAGGAAUAAAUCAAAUAGGGCCUUAACGGACCUUCAAUAAAACCAUGUUAUGUUAAGGAUCAAAAUAGUCAAACUCCUCUGAGCUGACCUCUGACCUGCGUUCUCAUUGGUCCACAGUGUUCCAGGAUAUCCACGUGAUGAUCUUCAUUGGCUUCGGCUUCCUGAUGACCUUUCUGAAGAGAUAUGGCUUCAGCAGCGUGGGCCUCAACCUGCUCCUGGCCGCCUUCGCUCUGCAGUGGGGUCUCCUCAUGCAAGGCCUCUGGCACCUGGACAACGGAAAGAUCAAAGUUUCCAUCUUCAAGUAAAUACAAUAAAACACGUUGUCUAAACUAACACCUGACUUAUUUCACCUGCUAGCACUGACUUGUUUAAAGAAAUGUACUUAUAUUAAGAGCGUCUGCUAAAUGACUUAAAUGUUAAAUGUAAAACACAGUACAGUCAGAAGGAAUGAAGCUAGCAUUAGCAUCAUUAUGUGCACAUGAUAGAGGACAACUGAGGAGAAGUGGUCUGUUUUAGUGUUAACAAUCUCUCUCUCUCUCUCUCUCUCUCUCUCUCUCUCUCUCUCUCUCUCUCUCUCUCUCUCUCUCUCUCUCUCUCUCUCUCUCUCUCUCUCUCUCUCUCUCUCUCUCUCUCUCUCUCUCUCCACCUCCUCCUCUUACUCCUCACCAAAAGGAUGAUCAAUGCAGACUUCAGCACAGCCACAGUUCUGAUUUCGUUCGGGGCGGUCCUGGGAAAAACCAGCCCAGUCCAGCUCCUCAUCAUGACCCUCCUGGAGAUCACCAUCUUCGGCAUCAAUGAACAUCUGGUGGCCAACGUCCUGGGGGUCAGUGCACUUCACCAUCAUCUCAGAACCCACAUGUUAACAGUCUGUCACAACAUAUUAACUUCACCCCUAUCCACUCAUCUAAGCACUUGUAUACAUGAAAGACAACACUAUGCAAGAAACUUAUUUUAGUUAAUACAGUCAGUCCAAUGAGAAAUAUUGUGUGCAGUCUUGUGAGUACCGGUAAAACAAAUGUGUGAAUCCCCUGUUGGCCCAUGUAUCAUCCUACCAAAAGGGCUCUUACAAAUAUAAUCAUGGCGUAAAUUCAUAGGGAUGAGUCUACAAUAGGGAAAAUACAUUUAAGGUCAAGGGGUCAAACUUUCUUUUAUAUUCUUGAAUCUGUCCAUUCCUAUUCCCAACCAAUCAGUGCACUAGAUUAGCUUGGGAAUGGGCAGAGGCUUGAUGGAUGUGUGAUUGACAAGUGAUUGAGAUAACUAGCAGGCUAAGGAGAACGUUCAGUUGGGAGGGCUAGAUCUUUUUUCUUUUUUUUUUUCUCAACAUAAUUAAGUGGUUUAUGUGGUUUGUCCCACUUACAGGCCAAUGAUGUUGGGGCCUCCAUGAUUAUCCAUGCCUUUGGGGCAUACUUCGGUCUGGCAGUGGCCCGCAUGCUGUACAGGCCAGCUCUGAGGAACGGUCAUGAGAACGACGGCUCUGUCUACCACUCUGACCUCUUCGCCAUGAUUGGUAGGAGCAGCAGCUCACACGGCAGUCAUCACAGUCAAUGCAACAUUCAGUUGAUCUUAUUACUGUAGUCAGUCACUAACUACUAUUAAAAGAUUAGAUAGAUCAGCCAAAUAUUGAUAAAAUGUUCCCUUAUGUAUCUUUGGAACACUAGAAAUAGAAAUUCUGCAAUAUGUGCCUAAGGGAAUGCCUAGGGAAUGCCUGGCUGAUCUAUGAUCAAAAUGAAUGAUAUUAUAUGGACGGGGGGACCUGAUCCUAGAUCAGCACUCCUAAUCUGAGAAGCUUGAUACAUUUAGCCCCUGGUGUCUGUUUGCAUGGUAUAUUUAUAUUUUACUCAUAAGGGAAGGGGUGUUGUAGGUAGGAGGCUCAAGUGGCGGCUCCUCCACAUAUCCUAGUCACAUACGCCACCUAGUGGACAGAAAAGUGAAUCGCUUCAGACUAGCAGGCCAACUUCUGUUUGACAUAGUUUUAAUACAUUUCAUGCAAUCGUUUUUUUUUUUAUAUUUCAGAAUCAAUUGAAGUAGCAGACAAAUGCAAAUCCUUACUUCAAUAUCUUCUCCAGGUACCGUGUUCCUCUGGAUGUUCUGGCCCAGUUUCAACUCCGCCAUCGCAGAACCCGGUGCUGAUCAGCUCAUGGCCGUCACCAACACCUACUUCUCCCUGGCUGCCUGUGUGCUCUCCGCCUACGCCGUCUCCAGCCUGGUGGAGCACAAAGGAAAACUGGACAUGGUGAGAUAUCACAUGCUUCACUCAAACCACAAAGAGUCAGAUCACAGCAAAGCUGUAGAUUGUUUACCUCCUCAAUUUAUUUGACUUGUUUAUAUUCAAACAAGACUAUUGAGUGUGUGUGUGUGUUUGUGUGUGUGUUGUGUGUGUGUGCGUGCGUGUGUGUGUGUGUCUCUGGGAGAGAGGCAAUAGAAUCUCACACAGCACCUACUAUAGCAGAGCUCAUUUAUGCUUCUGUCGCUUCCAUAGGUCCACAUCCAGAAUGCCACUCUGGCUGGAGGUGUUGCCGUAGGAACCUGCGCUGACAUGAACAUUGGGCCUUUCGGUGCCAUGAUCAUCGGGUUCGUGGCUGGCAUUGUCUCCACCCUGGGCUUCAAGUUCCUCACUGUGAGAACAAAAGUCACACAAGUCUGAACCAAUAGGAAAACAAUCCUGAGAUGGACCAGGACACCAAACUGGCUAGAAAAAGCCAUAGUUAACUAGGGUUGUAAUGUAGACAUGCCUUGUGAGUGUCAAUAGCUCAGUUGGUAGAGCAUGGCGCUUGCAAUGCCAGGGUUGUGGGUUCGUUUCCCACGGGGGGCUCUGGAUAAGAGCGUCUGCUAAAAUGUAAAUACAUCCACAUUCUUUUGAAUGAUACAUUUUUACCAGCAUCCUAACUAACUCCUCAGUCCAAUGAGCAAACAUUGUUCUGGUUGUGGUUGGUUAAACCCGUUUUGUGUGCUAGGAGAAACUUGCAUUUUAGUCAAAACAAACACCUACCAUCAGAUUGCUAGAAAUAUGUUGAAAUUAGUGGACAGUAGGGAAUGAUGUGAAUGAGACCACUGUUUCUCUCUGCAUUUCAGCCCAUCCUGGCAUCCAACCUGGGCAUCCAGGACACCUGUGGUGUCCACAAUCUGCACGGCAUGCCUGGCAUCCUUGGGGGUAUCUCUGGCAUUGUGGCUGUUGCUCUGGGCAAGAAGGAUGGGUAAGGUUCAUCCAACGGCGUUCCUCAUACUGUACAUCUAUAAAAAGCAGAUUAAGAAACAGGAAUUAUUUUAUAAUGACUUUUGGUCAAUUACAAUGUGUAGUCAUUUUCAUGAUCAACACUGAUGGGAAACACAUCAACUUUGAACAGUCGCCAUAUUUGUGAUCUCUGUAUAGAUAGUGUAGUUCUGGAAUGUCUAUAGUAAUUCACUUUUCAGUGAAAGUGUGAGCUUGGUCUCAAUAAUAAGGGUCAAAAUAAGGGUCUCUUAAAAUACCUAAGUACUGUCCUCCUCUCAUCUUCUCUUCUCUGCCCGUCUUCCCUCAGGAGCGCAGCCAUGCAGGGUGCAGCCCUGGCCUCAUCCCUUGGGUUCGCUUUGGUUGGAGGAGCCAUGACAGGUGGGUGGAAGAGACACAGUGAAAUGUUUUGUCAUUCAAAAAAUCUACAUCACAUUUGAACAGACUUCUUGUCGUUUUUCGUAUGGUAAUAGAAAGAUGAUAUUUCUAUACACGUCAUCAAAUCAUUGAGGUCAUGGCAAUUUGUUUUAUUCCAUGCAGCUGGGAAACAUAUUGAAUAAUACUGUAAUUGACUUAUCUCUCUGUACAGGUCUGAUAAUGAAGCUUCCAUUCUUGGGACAGCCUCCAGAUCAGAACUGCUUUGAUGACUCAAUCUAUUGGGAGGUAAGAACUCGAGAGACAAAAUACAUCAUCCUUGAACAUCACUAGCUUAUCACUAGCUUACAGUUGAAACAAACACCUGAGCUAUAUAGUACACGGUACAGGAUGUUUUAUGUAUUGGUGUGAAACUCAUAUAACAUUUGAGAUAUCCAAUACCAUAAUGUGGCAUUAGCCAUCUAUGACUAAGAGUAUAUAUUCUUCUUAGUCAUAUAUGGCUAAGAUGGCAUAUUGUAUUGUAUUACAUGUCACGUGACCACCAGGUGACAUGCAAAAAAAUAUUUGAUUUAAAAAAUACUAUCUUAGAACAAAUAUGAUUUGGCAUAGAUGAAAUGGCAGCUAAACUGUAAGAUCUGUUCCUGACUGAGAUGUGACUGUCCUUAGGUUCCUGAGGAGGAGGAGGGUGAGGAGAGUCUGGCUCACGGAGACCAUUCCAUGAACAAAGCAGAGGCCUAAAUCUCCCGCCUGUGCUGCACAUACAUUAUCCACAACCCUUUGAGCUAAAGAUGGGAAAGUGAGAGAUCAUGAACCAGACAUUAGACCAUGGGUGUAUCUCAAUUGUCUUAGCUGGCUUCCUCUCCUCGUCUCCUCUCCUACCAGGACUUCCUGCAUCACCUGUCUAAUGUCUUGACCAUCAGUGCAGAAGGAGAGAAGGAGAGGAAGCCAUGUUAUACUAUUGAGAUCAACCCAGGAUGACCAGUGCUGUCAACUUGUCAUUUGUUUUUAUCUACAGCAUAAAUCAUUUGAUUGAUUUGAGACAAAUUGAGAUCAUAUCAAAUCAUAUUUGAAGUGGUUCAUGCUACCUUAUUUACACAUCUCUAAUUCAAUCUGAACAGCAAGGAAGCUCAUGUUACACUUUUCUGUGUAACAAACUACGUCCUCAUUGUCCAUAGAUUUGUAUUAAAUAUUUUCAUUUUUAAUUGAAUAGAAUAGGUCCACUGAAGAUCAUUUGGGAAAGAUGUUGUAGCUCAUUAUAAUUUCAACUAAAAUGGAUGGGUGGGUAGGUGUGUUACAUACAAAACAUGUAUUAUCAGGUCUCAACGCAAUUGAAAUAACAUUGUAAGUAUUUUUGUUUACAGAAAAUGCAAGCAUAGUUUUGGAUUUGUUAGUCUGAAAAUUGAUUUCAACAAAGCAGCAUUUUGAUAUAAAUCACCCUUAAUCAGUUGCAUUGAACCAUUAACUGUUCUUUCACACAUUCGGAGUAAAGAUACUUUCAGGGAUUAUUUUUUUACACUGAAUUUGAUGACCAAUAAUGUGCCCCUGUUCUGAGCCACUAGACACAGUAGAAACACUAUAGAAAUAGUAGAAACAGUAUAUCAAGCUGACAUUCAAUCAUAUCACCAAUCCUCCUCAAAAUGUUAACAGACAUUUGUUUUUCCUCAUUAGUUUUCCUCAUACAUUGUAUAUUUUUCUCGACAAACCUUUUUAUGUCGCCAUCCAAUUGACAUUACCGAUAUUGUGUGCUAAACCUUGUUUCAUCAAGAUAAUCAACUGCUACUUUGGCCUGCUGCAGAGCUAGGCCGCCUCACUGGAGCCCACUACUCCGCCUGGAGAAUCUGAUCCCAGAUCUGUGAUGUAUAAGCAGUAGCUACCCACUAGGAACAGAUUUCAUUUCAACGUUUAGUUUUGAUUUUUUUUAAAUGUGAGUGGUCAACUAACGUGAAUUCAACGUGAAAUCAACAACAACAAAAAAACAU